AUGGCCAAGAUGGACGAGCGCAUCACCGACCGCGAUGUUGUCUGUGUUGGCGCCGCAGCAAGCAGUGGCGUUGUGGCAAGAUUGGAACUGUGGCACCAACCACAACCACAACCACAACCACCACAACAGUUGAGCCAACAGCAUCACUAUCACCACCAAUCACUUCCCACUCUGCCCUUCAACAUUACACUCAACGACUCGUUCGAAGAGCAGAGACGCCUGCUUGCCGAGUAG